GCGGCCGCGGCUGCCGGGGCUCUUGGCUGGGCCGCGCCGCUGCCCGUCCCGCAGCGCUCCGGCGGAGAGAGGAGCGGGAGCAGCGACCGCGCGCGGCAUGAACCGGGCUCAGCGCGGGGCCGCGGGCAGCCGCGGCCUGGGCACCAUGGAGGUGAAGAGCAAGUUUGGGGCAGAAUUUCGACGAUUUUCUCUGGAGAGAUCCAAACCUGGAAAGUUUGAGGAGUUCUAUGGAUUAUUGCAGCACGUGCACAAGAUCCCAAACGUUGAUGUUCUGGUGGGAUACACGGACGUUCACGGAGACCUGCUGCCUAUCAAUAAUGAUGACAAUUAUCACAAAGCAGUUUCUACAGCCAAUCCUCUCCUCAGGAUUUUCAUUCAGAGAAAAGAAGAUGCAGACUACAGUGCCUUCGGGACGGAUACCAUGACGAGGAAGAAGAACGUCUUAUCCAACGUGCUACGUCCGGAUAACCACAAGAAGAAACCCCACAUUGUCAUUAGCAUGCCCCAGGACUUCAGGCCCGUGUCCUCCAUCAUAGACGUGGAUAUUCUGCCCGAGACCCACCGCAGGGUGCGGCUCUACAAGUACGGCACCGACAAACCCCUGGGCUUCUACAUCCGCGACGGCUCCAGCGUCAGGGUCACCCCGCACGGGCUGGAGAAGGUGCCGGGCAUUUUCAUAUCCAGGCUGGUCCCCGGGGGGCUGGCUCAGAGCACGGGCCUGCUGGCUGUCAAUGAUGAGGUGCUGGAGGUGAACGGGAUAGAGGUGUCAGGAAAAAGCCUCGAUCAAGUUACAGACAUGAUGAUUGCGAACAGCCGCAACCUGAUCAUCACGGUCAGACCCGCCAACCAGAGGAACAACGUCGUGAGGAACAGUCGGACUUCGGGCAGCUCCGGCCAGUCCACUGAGUCCAGCCUUCCCAGCAGCACUCCAAACAUUCUGGGGAGUCUGCUGCAAGGAGAAGAGGAGAGCGAUGAGGAGGACAUUAUUAUUGAAGACAGUGGCGAGCCACAGCAGAUCCCAAAAGCUGCGCCUGCCAGCGAAAGCAUAGAAUCCUUAUCACAAAUUGAACUCCUCCACGAGUCCACACAAAAUGGAUUCCUUCCUUCCAGUGAGAUGAACUUGAAUCACUCAGCAGGCAGCAUUAGCAUGGAGUAUGAAGUCCCAGAGCCAGGGCGUAAGUCCUUAGAAGAAGAUGGAACUAUAAUAACGCUAUGAAAUGACUUUGGUGUACUUUGUAUAAGUAAGGAUGCCAUACGUGUUUAAAUUGGGCUUAAUAUGUAACACAUCUUAUACCUCUCCAUCUACCAAGCACUGCAGUUAGAUUAAAAGGAGGGAAAAAAGUAAAUUCAAGAAAUUCAAAAUUACAUAAGUUGACUAACUUCAUUAAUUCUGCACUUCAAUGUAAAUAAUUCACAAAGCUGGAUGAUAAUUGAUAAAUAGCUGAAAUUGAAUGAGGAAAAUUUAAAUUGAAAAUGAAGGAUAGCUAAGAGAUGACUGUGAGCUUUCUUUUAAAGGUACUUGAUUUUUAUUAUUUUUUAAUGCCGUAUACUACUGGUCCUAUAGAAGUAAACUUCCUUCCGUGUGCGGCCGACCGUCUCGUGGACUGUGGUGUCACGUUCCUCUGACGUGUGAUGGAGCUGCUGCAGCCCCCUCACUCCUGUCCUGCUGCUGCUCUGCUGGCAGGGCUGUGUGUGGGCUCUGAGCAAGAGGCAACUGGGAGAAAGCCAGAGGUGGGCUGGGAGGAGAUGGGGGUGACUGGUCUGGUCCUGGCUGACACAGGGCCAGCAGGGCUCUGGAGGUCACUGUUCCUUUGUGAGUGAAUGUGCAACCACAGGUGGGUUAGUCAGGCACCAUUACUGGUUUUAAUGGCCAGGCAAGCUUGCUUUUAAUGACUCUGAUUUUGAAAUUCAGAUGUGAAAGUCUUAACACUAAUGCAUCAAAGACCUGUUCUCAUUCUAGUUUGCAAUAUUUAAGGAUAUCACUGGAUUUAGGUACUAAUCCCAGUACAUUACAAACAAAUCAAAUGUAAACUUAAUGCUAUGGAAAUAGCAUCAUGUAAUCUCUGUUACAAUUGCAGUCCUAGUAGAAACUGUAAUGAUUUCUACUAGCAAAGGUUUGUUGGAAUGAGUCUGGAUUAUAUAAAAGUGACUUUCUUCAAACCUGAAAAGUUAGAACAGUCUGAAUCCCUGGAUUAAAAGAAGUUUUAAAUCAGAAUGAGGCUUUACUACACCUUGUUUGAGCCAUGUGAUAUUAACUUAUUCAUUACCAGUAAAUGCAGAUUGCUGUGUGCCCCUGACUGGGUGUUGUGGAUAUUACAGUGUUGCUCUGUGUGAAAACACUGAUGACAAGUCCUGAUGCUGCAAGAGCAGAGGUGGUGUGUGUAACCACUGCACUCACUGGGACAGCUGCAGGGGAGCCUUCUAGCAUUGUUUUUAUCCUUCCCCUUUUUGUAUCUCUUGCUUUAUCCCUUUGGCCCUUGGUUCCAAACCUGACUCUCCUCUGGGAACAGAAGUUGUGGCAGGAAAAUGAGCUGGGGACUAAUAGGACUGGGGAGAAGGAUCUCCCCAGGGCUGCUGUGGCCUCUGUCAGGGGGAGUAGGGUGCCACCAGUUCUGUCCUGUGCUCCUGUGCUCCCCAGAGCAGCAGUCAGGUGCUUGGGAGCCUGUUCCACCCUCUGGGAAGAUGUGAUGAGUGGGAAGGGAGACUGACCCCUUUCUUUUUUUCUCCUCAGCCUAUUUGAGGAAAAUCUACCUCUGGUAACUUUACUAAUGGGCGACCAACUCAACUUAAUGGUAGGGCAUCUGUAAAAGUUGUCACAGAGUAUCGGAGGCUAAACCUGUGUUUGUUUCAGGUUUUUGUGAUGAUGCAGAAACAACUCCCUGCUGUUUGAUGUGACAAAGUGCACAUUUGAAAUUAGUAUCUGAUGAGCAGUAGUUUUCUCAAACCUCCAAUGCCAUUGGAGUCCAAGAUGCCGAGGGAGGCAUUCAUCCCCUUAGGAUUUAUGGAGAAUAGGCACAGCAGGCAGUGGUACUCUGCAAAUACAGGUGAGGGCCUCUUUUGCUACACUUAUUUAUGGUUUCUCUGUGUGUGUGUGGAGAGCCCUUUUACAAGAGCAAGCUCUUUCAAGUGUUUCACUUUAUUGCUAAUAAUUAUUAAAAAUGAAGUAACUACAUUCCCUUAGUGUGAAAUGAGAAAAAGAAAUGUUCAUUCUGCAACGUGAGACUUUACCUGUACGUGUUUUCUCUCAGUGCUGCUCUAUGCUUCCUUUCUUUACGGAAGAUUGUUUACUUUGAAAAUAUCUUUAUUUUCCUUUGUCAAAAGACUUUCCUUCCUGCAUGAAAUCACCAGUGGAGGGUGAGAUUCAUUAUUCUGCUAGUUUGCACUUCUGUGCCUUUGGUUUACUUGAAUGUAUUGUGACUAAUCCAAGGAAUAAAGGCACUUGGAUGGGAAGAGAAGAGAGGUCCAGAGGUACAGAGAAGGAACUGGUAGUGCACUUAAUGCAGGUGUAACGUUUUCAUUCCAUGCAAAUCCACUCUGGGGCUGGUGUGGCCCGUGAGGAUUUUGCAGCUCAGAUCACAGCUGGGAGGGCUGAGUCUGGCCAGGAAGCUGGGCAGGUCCCAGCCCCGAGGCUGCUGUGCUGCCAGGCACGUGCGUGGGUAGUUUGAAUAAUAUUUAUGCCAGUAUUAGGGACUUGUGGAAAUUUAACUGAGGUCCUACUCUAAACUGCAUGAGACUUCAUCUCUUGGGACCUUUCCUGCAAACCGAGUAAUCUAAACAUGAGAUAAUGUUCUUUUUGACAUAGAUUCUCUUCUGUUUCACAGAAAUUUGGUGACAUAAGCAUUUGGGACUUGAUAAAAACUUAAAAGAAUAAAUGUAAAGAAUGUGUAUUUACAGGUACAGUGACAGACUGCAGAGCAUGUAAUUGCUUAACGCUGCAGUUACCAUAAAGUUUCUAAAGUUCUUCCAUAUCUUACUAAUACAUACACUGUUAAUUACAGAAGAUUUAAAAAUUGCUACUUAGGGAUGAUCAAUGGUUGAUUAUGAGUGGCUAAAUUUAAUUUUAUAUAUAAAUGAUACUGGAGUUCAGUAUAAGAUUUUUUUAAAAUAUGCUGAUAUUGUUAGCCUUUCAUUCACUACCUCCUAAAUUUUUAACAUCUAUACUGUUUUCUCCCUGGAAGACAAUACUUAAAGGCUUGACUGUUUUAUAUAGAUUUUAUCUAUAGCUAAAAAAAGGAGAAAAAAAUCCAGAGGUGAUAGUGAGGAUGCUGCGCAUGAUUGACAAUAUUACGCUGCUAUUGAUGUAAUCUGUGUAUUAAGUAUCCUGUGUGUGUAAAUUGUAUUUUCAAUCCAGGUUUUAUAAAUUAAUUUAUGAAAUUCCCAAAUUACUUCAGAAUGGAAUGAAAAACUAAAAUUCCUUUGACUAGUGUUAUAUGUUGUGUACAUGCACAGAGGGGGACAAGUGAUUCCUCCCUGGUGGCUGGGAGAUCCAAGUGCACCUUAAUAGAAAGAACAAAUUCUUAAUAGAAUUAAGAUGCAUUUACUUUAAAGUUCUGCUGUGGUACUGGAGAAGUCAAGCCUAACUGUGAAUCAUUUUUUUUUCCACACCUGAAUUAAAUUUAGGACAAUGUUCUCACAAGCUGUCUUUAACAUGUGUAUUUUUGUGAAUAUUAUGUAUUUUCUAAUUAAAUUUUACUUGCAAUGUGAUUUUUACAUGAAUGAACUUGUUUAAAAUGUCAAAUAUCAGUAUUUUUCUUACAACUUUAAUGUAUAAUGUACAUUGGUAUCUCACCGAAUGAAGAUUGAUUUUACAAAAAUCAAGCUAGAUGUAGUUGUAUAUUAGUCUUAUAUUUUUACAGACCAAAAUAAUAAAUGGAUAUAGAAAUAAAAUGGGUUUUUUUUCAAUUACUUUGUCAGAUAAAAUGAGGAAGAAUGUAUCCUUUUUCUCAAGUGUGACAACAGAUGGGCUUAAUAUGUCUCUCCUGGCCAGCGGGCGAGGCUGUGUUUGCAGGGAUGGUCUCUCUGUGUCCCUCCCCUGGAGCAGAGCCGUGCCCUGGGCACUCCCAGCCGGGUGUCCCGCAGUGCUGCUGCUCUCUGUGCUGUGCCUGCAGCAGCAGGGACCCUUCACUGCCUGCCUUGCCUGAGGGCUGCUCCUGGGACAGUUCAGGUGCCUCCUGUCACCUGUGUCAGGUGCUGCUGGGACGCUGUCACUGCUGCUGGGAGUAUCUGGAAGAGUCCAUGGGACAGCUUGAACUCAAACCCUUUUCACUUACAGCUGUUUCCUCCCACCUCUUGCCUUGGCAGCCCUUGUACACGUUUACCCAGGGAGGAGAGACUCGGGCUGCACUCAGCCCUUCGUGUGUGGCUUUUGUUUCUGCAGCUUUGGGGCUGAGCAGAGUUCUGCUCUGCACCUCCCUCCUCUCUGUGGGACUGGUUGGUUUGUGUGCUCAGGGCUUUCCAUGCCUGCAGACGGAGCCUCGGGGAGGGGACAGCAAGACUGGGAUCAGCAGUGACUCAGAGUGCAGCCAGGCUGCUGCCCUGGGCACUGGAGCGUGAGUGGCUUGGAGCUGGGGGAGUUCUCUCUGCACAGGACACUCGGAAGGAAUGCUGGGAGCAGAGUGGCAUUCCUGGAAUGGUGUGAGCUCUGCCGUGCAUCCUCUGCAGUUUCCCUGGCUCGGGCACGGCCCUGGGGUCACCCACGGAGGCAGCAGGAGCAAAGACUGAGGGCCCGUCCUGGGGAAUGCCUGUCUGGGAGGAUGGAGCGAGGCUGGCUCUGCAGAGGAGGCACAGCACAGACUGCCAGGGGAUGAGGCUCGAGUGCGCUCACAGGUCAGCAAUGCUGCUGCUACACAGCACUCCUACCCACAACAGUUUUCUGAAAACUGAGAAACUUAUUUAAAGGAAGACUAACUUUCCCUACUGCUGCCUCCUUGAGGAAGGAAUGCAGCUGUUAACUUCAUCUGUCCUUUAAACCCAGGAGCAUUUCACUUUUCUCAAGGUGAUGAGCUCUUAACAAGGCAUUAGGACUUGGGUUAUUUUAUGAAAUUGAAAAUUCAUGCAUGCUUACAGAUACAGGCUAGUGCUAAAUACCCAUUUGAAGAUUUUUUUGUUUUCUUCAAAUUACCUGUGGCAUUCUAGUUACAGACUUUCCAGAAGUCUUCUGAGCAUGUGUUCCUUGCAAAACAAGUGUCACACUCAGAUACUGGAGUGUAGUUGUAUGUGGUUAAUGCUAGAGAGGAAAAAUCAGCUUUAAGGUAGCUUCAUAAAUGGCUUCCAAUGCUAACAGGAGGGAAGAUGGGUUGGAUGGUAACAAUAUUCUUGGAUGCUGUUAGAAGUAUGCAAUAAAUGGCACAGCUGGUCCUUGGGGAGGCGAGACUGCAGCCAAGAUGUAGGAAUUCAGACUCCUUGUGCAGCUCUCAUAGAUCACUUGUGUACUUUGCUCUCACACAGGAGAUAAAUUUGUCUUUGGGGACUUGAUGGCGUGUGCUUGAUUUAAAAGUGCUUUAGAGCCAUGAAGCACAAAGCAAUUGCAGUGCUGUGGUAUCAAACCAGCACUUCUUAUACCCAGUUCAGAAGUGUUGCUAAUAAUGUAUCAUUUCCUGUCUUUCCAAUUAACAUUCCUUUCUAUUGAACUGCUAUUUUAUUACCUGAUAGCAGAAGGAAAUACCUUGCAUUUCAUCAGUGAGAGAAUGUUGUUCCAGGCUCUGGGGUGUUAUGUUGAAGGUGUAUGAGUGUCUUUGCUGUCCCCAUAUCAGAACGUGGUUCUUGUCCUGUGAGGUGCAGUGACUUCUCCAGAGUGCCCUCGUGAGCACCUGGCAAUGCCCAGGUACUGAAAAUGGCUUUUUGGUAAUCACAAACGGAACGGCAGCGCUCAGAGCUGAGGAACGGAGAGCAGCAGCUGAUGUGAAAGGAGCCAGAGAAGGAAGGGACAGCACCCAGUGCAGGGGUCGUGCUUUUAUAAAUGACACUUGGCUGGUGUGCUUACAACACACAAAGCUGGUGUGUAUCACAGUCUGUCCUGUCUAAAUCAGUGCUGAAAGUGGCCUAA